UUUUUUUUUUUUUUUGUUUUCUUUUUAUAUACAUUUAUACCAGUCUCAAAAUUCAAAAAGAAGAAAUAAAAAAAGAAAGAGAAGGAAUGGCUAUGUCAAUGAAACAAUGCUUAGAUUCCUCCAUGGUUUGGUUGGCCUUAUACUUCUUUUUAAAUUUAGGCCUUACACUUUAUAAUAAAGUGAUUAUGGCCAUGUUCCAAUUUCCAUUCCCUUGGGCUUUAACGGCUAUCCAUACUCUUUGUGGUACGAUUGGCUCCUAUAUUUUUUGGAAGUUAGGCAUCUUUAAGCCUUCAAAAUUAGGUGAAAAAGAAAAUAUGAUCAUGUUAUUAUUCUCGGUUUUAUAUACCAUCAAUAUUGCCAUCAGUAAUGUUUCCCUCAAUCUAGUUACUGUUCCGUUUCAUCAAGUUGUAAGAGCCAUGACACCAGUUUUUACUGUGAUGCUAAAUGUUAUGUUUUUAAAAAAAACUUAUUCCACCAUGGUUUAUAUCUCCUUAAUACCUGUUAUUGCUGGUGUUGCAUUUGCUACCUUUGGAGAUUAUAAUUAUACUGCGAUGGGUUUCUUUUUAACAGUAUUGGGCACAGUUUUAGCAGCUUUAAAGACAGUUGUGACAAAUCGAGUUCAAGUAGGACGCCUUAAGCUUCAUCCAUUAGAUUUAUUGUUAAGAAUGUCACCUUUAGCUUUUGUUCAAACUAUGCUUUACUCUUAUAUAACAGGGGAGAUGGAACUUGUUCAAGAAUAUUACAGGACAAAUAUGACUUUAUCCGUAUUUUGUGCUUUAUUAUUGAAUGGUAUCAUUGCCUUCUUUUUAAAUGUCGUUAGUUUUACAGCAAACAAAAAGACAUCUGCCCUAACUAUGACAGUUGCAGGUAAAUUAAUUUAAAAUGUCUCUAACCAUAUAUCUAUGUGUAUAUAUAUUUAUUGAUUUUUCCUAGGCAAUGUAAAGCAGGUUCUUUCGAUUGUGUUGGCAGUUAUUAUUUUUGAUCUUAGUAUUACAGCAACAAAUGGCUUGGGCAUUAUUUUGACUUUAGCAGGUGGCGCUUGGUAUAGGUAUAUAUAUACUCAUCUAUAAGUGGAGUAGAAGGAAAAAAAAAAGAAAGGUAUUAACCUAUUGUAUAGUAAUGUUCAAUUGAGUGAAAACAAGAUGAAGAAUAAAUUGUUAGGAGGUGAUUCUUUGUUAGGUGUGACUGAUAAAAAUGAAAGUAUAUUAUCAGACAUCAAAACUCAAAAAUAAGAAGAAAAACAAUGGUUUUACUUUAUUUUAUUUUACUUUACUUUUUAUAUAUAUGCAUAUAAAACAUACAUGUGUAGAAAAUAUUGAUUCCCU